UUCAUUUAGAGUGUUGGGUUUCAAUUACAGGUGAAGCGUUGCAGUCGUUAAUUGUUUCCGAAGUUGCGAUACGUUGGCUGCUGUAUGGAUUGUGUACGUAUAGGUGUUGGUGGAUUUUUUUUUGUUUGUUUUAGAUUGGUGGAUGGGCUUGAAAGAGACGCCGAUUUCAAUGGGACGUUUGUUUUAUUGAAAACGUAGGCAACUGAUGAUGAUUGUCGUCUUUAUGUCUCUACGUCUCGGUCAUAGUGUGAGCGUUGAAUUACAUUACGGCUUGUAUGAUAAUGUAUCCCGAUCUGAAUGCAAUAAGCGAGCGAUAACUGAUGGUUUUAGGCAAAUUGAUUUUUACCGAUGCGAUUUGCAUUUAAAUUCUCCGCAAUCAUAGCCAUCGGAAAUCUUCCGAUUUUUCUUGCGAAAGUUUUACGAUAAUGUGCCGCAAUUACUGCGCCCACCAAUAUGACAACUGCACCAUGGAAUAACGAUCGAGAGCUGCAGUGAAAAUCGUGGAGAAUCUUCGAUAUCAAUUCUGGUUAGAUCACGUUUAUUUCGACUCUCUGAACUGCGCACAUAAAAGUAGUUCCAUAUAGGGCUGGAGAUGCAGUAAUGAGAAUGAUUCGCUCGCGGCUCCUCUAACCUUGAAACAUCUGCGCAGAGAAAUAGCUUUUGUUCACCCUCGCGCGCGCGCUCGUAACGGCGAAUCCCCCUUCGUAUCGACUAAACCCAUAAAUCUGGCCCCUGACGUCCGAAAUUCGUGGGUAAAGGCUGUGCACCCCAGGAAUCUUUAUUUAUACCCGGAUUACUUCCAGAAAUUUCCAGCUCAUCUCCUGCGAUUCUGCAAACUCCCGAUUCCGCAAGUCACGAGAACCGGCAAACACUCGAACCUGACACAAAAAAAAAAUUAAAAAUCACACGUGGGCGCGUAUGACGCAACUCGUUGAAACAAUAAUCGAAGAACACAUCCGUCAGUCAUUUGACGAGCAGCAGCAGCACAUCAUCCCGCGCUCUCGAACGUCAACUUGUGCAAAAGCGGAGCCGCGCGCGUUCAUUUUUCCCCUCUCCAUCGGGUCCUCUUGCCAACUUGGCGAACAGCACUCGCGGUAUUAUCGUGCAUCGGUAGUCGCGAUUUGCGCAGUCAUUUUUCCAGCAUCGACGCGGACUGGUUGUUGCUCUGGUUUGACAUCAGUUUGAUUGUGUUGUUCCUUUUCUCGUGAUGAUCGUCGACGAAGAUCUCUAUCCGCCCCGGCACAAGACCGUGAUUAAGUAUCGCCGGCACCACACGAGCAGCAGCGAGCACCGGACGUCCACGACCUCCAAGACAGAGGGUUGGGACAGUAGUAAGCCCGACGGUGUGCCUCCGAUGAGAUCCGCCUUCGACAGCUUCAAAAGCACGACGACACAACAGCAGUCGAGCCAGAACAGCUCACUCAGCCCGCAGCACGACUCCAACACCUGGUUGGACGGACUCAACAGCCCCCUGAUCCAGGAUGAGGGUGACAACAAGAUGCUCAAGCUCAGAUUUGAUGUCUCGCAGUACACGCCCGAGGAGAUCGUCGUCAAGACUGUUGACAACAAGCUUCUUGUCCACGCCAAGCACGAGGAGAAGACAGACACAAAGUCCGUCUACAGGGAGUACAACCGUGAAUUCCUGCUGCCGAAGGGCACGAAUCCCGAGACCAUCAAGUCGUCCCUCAGCAAAGACGGCGUCCUGACCGUGGAGGCACCUCUGCCGGCUCUCGGCCAAGGCGAGAAGCUCAUCCCCAUCGCGCAUCACUAAAUUACGCGAUAUAGGCGAACGAUUAUACAAUAUUAUAAUUCUCUCCACCGGAUCCGCGAUCAAAGAAAAAAAAACAGACAAAAAUAUUCAAAAAACAAAAACCGUCGAACGUUAGGUUUCCAUUUUUUUAUAACGUGUCUAUUAUAUUAUAUUAUUAAUUAAUUUUAUUGUGUAUUAAUUGUGUAUUAUUUUAAUGUAAAUUCAAAUGAUAUCCCUUCGUCGUCUCGGUGCCAGCCCAUUAUACAACCCCCUGUUAUUAUUGUAAUAUGCAAAUUCUUAUUACGUUACACUUCGUCGAUGGGGAGGCAACGAAAAAUUCUACAAGUGUAUAAUCGAAGCAGCUUUGCAAGAUGUAACUAUAUGUCCACAACGCUGCGCAUUACAACUCUCUCACUGUGCCUUGCAACAUUUUACGCGAACUGUGCUGUGCGCUUUUACAUGAUCUGUACUACACUUUUUCCGCAAUCACAAUAAUGUGAUCGGCGCUACUCACUGUCAAAAUUUGUAUACCGUUAUGAAAAUCAGAACGCUUGCACUGUGCAUCGCGAUGUCGUAGAACAAGGGAAUUCUAUAAACGGGCGUGUCUUGAGAAAAAAAAAUAUAUAUAUAUUUGUGUACGUGUACGUCGUAUAUAUAUAUACAGGAGAAAAUUGAAAAAAGAAACAGUGUAAAUGCAUGCCUAACGUACAAUCGUAGAUAACGUUCAAGAGCUUUUUUUAUUUGAUGAUGAUAGGGGUGAAACAGUUUUUCCAAUGGCUAGACUCAAAGCGAUGGAACGAGCAGAAAUAAUAAAAUGAACCCGAGAAAAUUUUUCGGUAUUAUAUAUAACUUAUAUACGUGUUAGUUUAGGUGUAUACGUUAAAAGACUAAACACAAUGCCUAGCGUAUGUAAGCAUUAUUAUAUUAUUAAUAUUAUUUAUGAAUAUUUUAAUAUUUUCGAGAACACAAAAAAGUUUAAAAGUUAAUAAAUAAUUGACAACAAUUAAA